ACGUGUCACCGGUGUUAUUUAACGCUCUCCUCGCGCAUCCCGGUCCCAGUUUUUAAAGUUCCUUUCCGAGUUUUGGUGCAAAAAUCGAUUUAAUCGAGUGACCAGUAAAUCAUGUUUGCGAAUGCCGCAUGGCGUCGAACAGUGAGCCUAAGUACGUAUGCAUCCUCCGCACGACGGAACCGAGUGCUCCGGCAAGAUGUUUCACGCAUCCCCGUGGACCGUUAUCCCAUCGCAAAGCCCGAUGACACACGCGUGUACGUAUGGGGAUUGGCCGCAACAGGCGCUCUCGGAAUGCAAACCUCGGUGAAGAAGCAGGCCCAAGUCUACACCGACUAUGUGCAGCAUCCUAGCAGGCUUAGUUUCUCCGAAGGUCACUCCGUGACGGAUAUCGCCUCGGGAUAUGGAUUUACGGUAUUCACCGUAGAUUCCAGCCGUAGCAAGCGACCGGAAUCAACCGACUGCCCGCUCUGGGGAACGGGCAUCAAUACCGAUGGACAGCUAGGACUUCAGAAAGCACCGGGACCGCACAAGAAACCACUGGAACUACUCAUCUAUCCGGCGCCAGUGGAUUUAUCGUCAGUUUCAGGAGCGACAUCAUCCCGGAUAGCGCAGGUUGCCGCAGGUCGAGCGCAUCUAUUGGCACUUACAGAUUCGGGGACAGUGCUGGCACUCGGAAAUAACGCUUACGGCCAGUGUGGUCGACGUAUCAUAGCGGAUGAGGACUACUUCGGGAACCCUAUAGUCAACGUUAUCGCACUGUCCCAAAAAAUCGACGAUCCGAUAAAAGCGAUCGCGUGUGGUCAGGAUCACAGUUUGCUAGUAACCGAAGGUGGCCGUGUGUUCUCGUGUGGAUGGAGUGACGAUGGCCAGACUGGGCAAGGCCGAUACGGUCUAAUCGAUACGGUUGGUCCUGUUGAGGGUGACAUCAAGAAUGAAAGAAUCGUAAAAGUGGCCAGCACUUGUGACACGGUGCUAGCGAUAAACGACAAGGGAGAACUGUUCGGUUGGGGAAACUCCGAGUACGGACAGCUUGGGGAGGUGGCAGCCGACAAUCCUCAGAUUAACACACCUCGGCGGUUAACGUUCUCGAAGCAUUGCGGAAAGUUGAUCGAUAUUGCCGCGGCUGGAUCGUACUGUCUUGCACUGAAUGAAAAUGGGGAUGUGUUUGCGUGGGGCUACGGAAUACUUGGCUUUGGCCCGAAUGUACAACAUCAGCCGGCACCGACACUGAUUCCCCCGACAUUAUUCGGACGCAACGAGUUCGCACCGAACACGCGCGUCGUAGCGAUUGCCUGCGGGGUUACACAUUCGGCCGCGAUCAACGAUCAGCAUGAUCUGUACAUGUGGGGCCAUAAUCGGUACGCGUGUCUCGGGUUGGGGCACAAAAAUGAUCAAUAUUUCCCCUUCAAAGUAGCUAUCAAUGCUAGCGUCCUGAAGAUUACCUGCGGUGUGGAUCAUACGAUCGCACUGUGCCGAGGUUUUGUGUAAGCGUCUGCCUCUGUCUUGACCAAGGCAUCUCGAAAUCGAUGGACCAAGCUCAUACCGGAGCAGCGGUUGCCAAGGAACUGUAGCAGCGUGAACUGUUUUACCAGUGGUUCGUCAUUAUGCCAAAGAAAUGAUGUCCUCGCGCUCCUGUUUGGUGUAGCAGUGAGCUGGAUGAAAACAUUCCUUUACCACUCUAUGAAUGAUGGAGUAGGCUUUGUAGUGGUUUUUUAUGAUCAGUCUACUGUGUAUCUCUGUAGCCAGUGGCAUUGCUUUUAUCAACGGAAUGGGUUGUAGCACUGCAGCCCUCCAUAACCUGCGCUAUAGUUGUGAACCAUGAGCUGGCAAAUGACUUGGUUCCACUCUUAUGGUGAUAUUGCCACGGCACAAUCGUCGAUGGACCCGAUUUCACG